GGUUGUGUGGACGCCUGGGAUCCGGUGGCAGAGUGGUGAGGCCUUCGGUGGGUGGCAGUUUGAGGUUGUGUGGACGCCUGGGAUCCGGUGGCAGAGUGGUGAGGCCUUCGGUCGCAGUAAUUACCAGCAACGAUGGCUUUUUCGAAGUCUGGCGUGUUAGCUCAAGCUUUGAUGCUCCUCUUCGUUCCAGCAAUAUUUGGAGAGCAUGACGCGAGCCCUGAAGGCAGCGGUCCCUCAAGCCGCCUUUUUGAAGGCGUGAUAGAGGAAAAUAUACAAGAAAUCCUUAAACCAUUGGCUAACCUCUCUCUCCCAGCCUUGCCUACCAUCGAGAUUAACAUUGAUAAUAUUGCAAGUGUCGCCAUGAGCCUAACCGAGCUGGAGCUGAAAGGACUCAACAUCGUCAAUGUUGCAAGCUUCAACCCUGGAAGCAAGAACAUCCCAGCGGUGUUGAACCUCAACAUGCCCAGGGCGGUGCUGACGGGAUUCUACUCGUCUGGGGGACACCUUAUCAACGUCCCUCUUAACGGGGAGGGCCCCUUGAGCGUGACCCUACACGACCUGGCCAUCACGGUGUCUUUCGGCUGGGAAACAUACAACAUUCUCCAGAUGGAUUUUUGCGCGGGGUACAACAGCUCUAGCAUCGACAUCGACCUUCGACGCUUGGAGGUCAACUUCGAGAACCUCAACCCGACCGAAGCCGAGCAGGGCGAACUCGUCAACACCAUACUCUCGUCCUUCGGUCCGGACAUCUUCGACUACCUGGAAAUUUUCCUCGACACAACGUUUUACGAUGCCAUCGACCUUGCCGUUGUCGGAGGACUCAACGGCCUGGACUCGUGUAAAAGCAAGCCGACUGAGGAGAUACCGGAGAUAGACCUGAGUGGAAUAAAUGUCGAUACAUUUGUUCAUCAGCUAACUGAGCAUUUCACUCAGUUCCAGGAUAACAUAAGUUUUAAUUACUAGGAAAAGGAAAGAGUGGGCAUUCGUUUCACACUCAGACAGGGAAAAAAAUUAUUUGUGUUAUCAUUUUAUAUGAGGUGUUAACGUCUCUGUAAUUCUAUAUUUCAUAGUAGUUUUGUUUAUAUAUAUAUGUGUGUGUGUGUAAUAUAUACAUGUAUAUAUAUACACACUAUAUAUAUAUAUAUAUAUAUAUAUAUAUAUAUAUAUAUAUAUAUAUAUAUAUAUAUAUAUAUAUAUAUAUAUAUAUUAUAUAUGUAUGUAUAUAUAUAUAUUUUUUUUGAGGGGGGGGGGUCUUUUUUUUAUCUCAUAUUAUUUUAACUGUGUACUUGAUUGUGUCAUUAUUAGUCUCAUCUACGUUAUUAUCGUCUUUACUGUACAGAAAAAAAGAACAAGAAUCCAAUAUACG